AAGGGUUUUCUUUUGCUUUGCAGGGUCAUACGUUGAAACUUGAAAGCAUUCCAUUCUGUCACACUACAUGCAUUGGCUGACCCCACGACGUGUUCAAACUCCAAAGUUACCGGCUUUCCAAUCUUAAAGAAGAUACCACAGGCAUCACUGUACAGUACUAUAUUGUCACAAAUCUUUCAGAGGCCAGGACUCUCGUCCCACAUCUUUCAGAGGGCAGGAGGACAAGGAAUAGCGUCCCACAUCUUCAAUCUUCUUCACUAUGCUGCCCAAGAGCAGCAGCUUCUCUGCUCUGCUGGUCAUUGUUUUCAGCUGCAGCUUCAGCUUGCUGAGAUUUUGUGAGUCUGUGGUGCCCCAGGAUGAAAUUGAUGCUCUCCAAGAAAUAACUAAAACGAUGGGUGCAAAUUAUUGGAAGUUUAAUGGCGAUUCUUGCGAGAUUGAAUCUGUUGGGGUAACAGAAGAGCCACCAAAAGGAGCUGAGAGCAGUAUUGGUUGUGAAUGCAACAACACUGUCUGUCAUGUCACAGAAAUAGUACUCAAGGGUUAUAGUCUACCCGGCAUGCUUCCCCCGCAACUUGUCAAACUUCCUUACCUUAAACAAAUUGAUUUUGCUCUCAAUUAUCUAAAUGGUACUAUACCAAAAGAAUGGGGUGCAAUGCAGUUAACUUCAAUCUCUCUUCUUGUGAAUCGCUUGUCAGGGGAGAUUCCGAAGGAGUUGGGAAAUAUUACUACUCUUACAUCCCUGGUUCUUGAAGCAAAUCAAUUCUCCGGAGUUGUUCCCCAUGAGCUUGGAAGUUUAAUCAACUUGGGAACUAUGAUGUUGUCCUCCAAUCGUUUGACUGGAAACUUACCGAUGACAUUUUCUGGGCUAAGAAAUUUGACAGACUUUAGAAUAAACGAUAACAACUUCAGUGGAACAAUACCUGAUUUUAUACAGAAUUGGAAACAACUUGAAAGAUUAGAAAUGCAUGCGAGUGGGCUUCAGGGACCCAUCCCUUCCAACAUAUCUCUUUUGAUCAACUUAACAGAGUUGAGGAUUAGCGAUAUAAAUGGAACAGAGCAGGGUUUUCCAGUAUUAAAAAACACAACAGGCCUAGAAAGAUUGGUUCUGAGAAACUGUAACAUUUCUGGAGAGAUUCCUCCAUACGUCUGGACAAUGCAAAACCUGGAAAUGUUGGAUGUCAGUUUUAACAAGUUAGUAGGGCAAAUUCCAGCUACAUUGAACUUAGAGCGUUUGAGAUUCCUAUUUUUAACUGGCAACUCUAUGAGUGGGAGUGUACCAGACUCAGUGCUCAAGGAUGGAAGUAGCAUUGAUCUUUCGUACAAUAACUUCACAUGGCAAGGCCCCGAGAAACCUGCUUGUCAAGACAACAUCAAUCUAAACCUGAACUUGUUCCGGAGCUCUUCAAGAGAAAACAACUUAAGGAGAGGUCUUCCAUGCUUGAAGAAUCUCAACUGUCCACGAUUUUCAACUUGUUUGCAUGUUAAUUGUGGUGGAAAUGACAUCACUGUCGAAGGAAACAAAGGAAACAUUUUGUAUGAAGGAGACGGAGGAGUUGAAGGUGGCACUGCAGAUUUUUUUUUAAAUGAUGCUUCUUAUUGGGGAUUUAGUAGCACUGGAGACUUCAUGGAUGACAACGAUAUCCAGAAUACACGCUACUCUGUAUCUCUGGCAUCUUCCAAUCUCUCUGGAUUAUACACAACAGCACGCAUAUCUCCACUUUCAAUCACUUAUUUCCAUUAUUGCUUAGAAAAUGGUGACUAUACCGUAACUCUUCACUUUGCGGAGAUACAGUUUACAAAUGACCAAACAUAUUCGAGUCUUGGAAGGCGCAUUUUUGAUAUCUAUGUUCAGGAUGAAGUAUUGCGGAAGGAUUUCAAUAUUGAAGAUGAGUCAAAGGUGGCUCAAAAGCCUGUAGUAAUACAAGAACACAAUGUCAGUGUGACGAAUAAUAUCUUAGAGAUCCGAUUCUAUUUUGCUGGUAAAGGUACAACAAGGAUUCCUGAAAGAGGAAUAUAUGGUCCCCUUAUAUCUGCUAUUGCCGUGGAAUCUGAUUCCAGAGAUUGCUCAAAUGGUGGAAAAAAAGGGACUGUUCACAUUGUCACUGGAGUCGUAGUAGGAGCAUUUCUCCUAGUAUUCGUGAUGUUAGGGAUCCUUUGGUGGAAAGGGUACUUGCCUUGCAAAAGGGGAAGGAAGAAAGAUAGAGACGGACUUGAUGGGCAGACAGGGGGUUUUACUUUAAAACAACUAAAAGCCGCCACUAACGACUUCGAUUAUGAUAACAAAAUUGGAGAAGGUGGCUUUGGUCCUGUCUACAAGGGUCAAUUGCCUGAUGGUAGAGUGAUAGCUGUUAAACAGCUUUCGUCCAUGUCAAGGCAAGGAAAUCGUGAGUUUUUAAAUGAGAUGGGCAUGAUUUCUUGUUUGCAACAUCCGAAUCUGGUGAAACUUCAUGGCUGUUGUAUCGAAGGAGGUCAGUUAUUGCUGGUCUAUGAGUACAUGGAGAAUAAUAACCUUGCACGAGCUUUGUUCGGCCGAGAAAAUCAUCUUAUGAACUGGGCAACAAGGCUUAAGAUCUGCAUUGGGAUAGCAAGAGGACUAGCUUUUCUCCAUGAAGAAUCAGUACUUAAAAUUGUUCACCGAGACAUCAAAGCGACUAAUGUGCUGCUUGAUGAGGACUUGAACCCUAAAAUAUCUGACUUUGGAUUGGCAAAGCUUGAUGAAGAGGAGAAGACACACAUAAGCACCCGAGUAGCUGGGACCAUAGGAUAUAUGGCACCAGAAUACGCACUAUGGGGUCACCUGACCUACAAAGCGGAUGUUUACAGUUUUGGAGUAGUGGCCUUGGAAAUCAUCAGUGGGAAGAACAACAACAAUUAUAUUCCGAGUGAUGAUUGGGUUUGCCUUUUAGAUUGGGCUUGUCAUUUGCAACAAACAGGCAACUUAUUGGAGCUGAUCGAUGAGAAGUUAGGUUCCGAGUUUGACCAAAAGGAAGCAGAGAUCAUGGUUAAAGUAGCUCUCCUGUGCACAAAUGCCUCUGCAUCACUUAGGCCUAGCAUGUCCGAGGCGGUGAGCAUGCUUGAAGGACAAAUUCCCGUCCCUGACGUGGUACCAGAACCGAGGACGUAUAAGGAGGAUUUGAGAUUUAAGGCCAUGAGAGACCUCCACCGCCAGCGGGGUGAUCAUAGCUCGAGUAUUAGCCAUACGCAAAAUUCAUUUACUGUCCAUGCAUUCGAAUCUACCUCUACGACUGGCCUCGACUUCUCGGAAAUCAUCUCGGAAUCAAGGCCCUCUUGAGACAUAGUGGAAGUUCUUUUUCUCUUGUAGCAAUCAUCAUGUAUCGGUAGUCUUUGUAAACGCAUAUGCAGAUCUGCUGUGUCCAUAUUUUCUUGUACAUAUAUAUAUAUAUAUGUGUGUGUGUGUGUGUGUGUUCUCUCCAGGGUUUAGGUUGUACUGAAAAAAAAUCGGAUGAGAUAAUUAUUUGCAUGGAAUCAUUUGAAAUGACUGUUUAAUGAAAUAAUUUUGUUCUCUCUA